AUGGGGUCGACGGGUGCGGGGAGCAGCGGCGGCGGCCACGAGUGCUCCUUCAAGAUCCUCCUCAUCGGGGACUCGGGCGUCGGCAAGAGCAGCCUCCUCGUCAGCUUCGUCGCCACCUCCCACCUCGACGGCGACAUCGCCCCCACCAUCGGUGUGGAUUUUAAAAUCAAGUUCCUUACAGUUGGUGGAAAGAAACUAAAGUUGACAAUAUGGGAUACUGCUGGCCAGGAGAGGUUUAGGACAAUUACUAGUUCUUACUACAGAGGUGCUCAGGGAAUUAUUCUAGUAUAUGAUGUCACAAAGAGAGAGAGUUUCUCAAAUUUGUCUGAUGUUUGGACUAAGGAAAUAGAAGCAAACUCAACAAACAAAGACUGCAUAAAAAUGCUUGUUGGAAACAAAGUUGACAAGGACGAUGAAAGGAUGGUCACAAAAGAAGAAGGUAUUGCUUUUGCUGAAGAAUCUGGAUGUCUGUUUCUUGAGAGCAGUGCAAAAACACGAGAAAAUGUUGAGAAAUGUUUUGAAGAACUUGCAUUGAAGAUUCUCGAGGUCCCUAGUCUCCUGGAGGAAGGGUCUUCUUCGGUUGUCAAGAGGAACAUCCUGAAACAGAAGCAGGAGAGUCAUGCAAAGAACGGUAGUGGAUGCUGUUAA